GAGCGGUGCGGCAGUGCAGCUAGCGCACUUCUCACUGAGACCCGUCACCCGGACUCUACGUGAGACCCACCGCCCGGACUCACCAUGCGUGAAUGCAUCUCAGUCCAUGUGGGACAGGCAGGUGUCCAGAUGGGCAAUGCCUGCUGGGAGCUCUACUGUCUGGAACAUGGGAUUCAGCCUGAUGGGCAGAUGCCCAGUGACAAGACCAUUGGUGGAGGAGACGACUCCUUCACCACCUUCUUCUGUGAAACCGGAGCUGGAAAGCAUGUGCCCCGGGCAGUUUUUGUGGAUUUGGAGCCCACUGUAAUCGAUGAGAUCCGAAAUGGCCCAUACCGGCAGCUCUUCCACCCAGAGCAGCUCAUCACUGGGAAAGAGGAUGCUGCGAACAACUAUGCCCGUGGACAUUAUACCAUUGGCAAGGAGAUCAUUGACCCAGUACUGGACCGGAUCCGCAAGCUGUCCGACCAGUGCACAGGACUUCAGGGCUUCCUGGUCUUCCACAGCUUUGGUGGGGGCACCGGCUCCGGCUUCACCUCGCUCCUGAUGGAGCGGCUCUCUGUCGACUACGGCAAGAAAUCCAAGCUGGAGUUCUCCAUCUACCCAGCCCCCCAGGUGUCCACAGCCGUGGUCGAGCCCUACAACUCCAUCCUGACCACCCACACCACCCUGGAGCACUCAGACUGUGCCUUCAUGGUGGACAACGAAGCCAUCUACGACAUCUGCCGCCGCAACCUGGACAUCGAGCGCCCCACCUACACCAACUUGAACCGCCUCAUCAGCCAGAUCGUCUCCUCCAUCACAGCAUCCCUGCGCUUUGACGGGGCCCUCAACGUGGACCUGACAGAGUUCCAGACCAACCUGGUGCCCUACCCGCGCAUCCACUUCCCCCUGGCCACCUACGCACCAGUCAUCUCUGCGGAGAAGGCGUACCACGAGCAGCUGUCCGUGGCAGAGAUCACCAACGCCUGCUUCGAGCCGGCCAACCAGAUGGUGAAGUGUGACCCCCGGCACGGCAAGUACAUGGCCUGCUGCCUGCUGUACCGUGGGGACGUGGUGCCCAAGGACGUCAACGCCGCCAUCGCAGCCAUCAAGACCAAGCGCAGCAUUCAAUUCGUGGACUGGUGUCCCACGGGCUUCAAGGUGGGCAUCAACUACCAGCCGCCCACCGUGGUGCCCGGGGGUGACCUGGCCAAGGUGCAGCGUGCCGUGUGCAUGCUGAGCAACACGACCGCCAUUGCGGAGGCCUGGGCCCGCCUGGAUCACAAGUUCGACCUGAUGUACGCCAAGAGGGCGUUUGUGCACUGGUAUGUGGGAGAGGGCAUGGAGGAGGGUGAGUUCUCUGAGGCCCGGGAGGAUAUGGCCGCCCUGGAGAAGGAUUACGAGGAAGUGGGCAUCGACUCCUAUGAGGACGAGGAUGAGGGAGAAGAAUAGACCAGCUGCUUGGAGCCCACUUACUAUGUUUAUUGCAAAAUCCUUUCGAAAUAAACAGUUUCCUUGCACGGUU